UCCAAUUAUAAUUAACGUGCUAAUGUGUUGAUUUCUGGCAGAUUCUAGUCUAGGUUCUGGUCAAAGCCCAGCGUAGCCCUUCGGGGCAGCCCCUUUUCCUUGUCGUCGCAUGUGGGGUUUGCGUCGGACUUACAACAAAUCAUCCGCCAUGUCAAACCAAAAUGAUGAGGAGGCUCAGCCGCUGGUCGCGCAACAGCAAAAGCCGAUCGCGGCAACACCGCCGGUGCAACCAAAAUUGACAUGCGGUCUGCCAAGUGUACUCGUGGCGGGCCUUUGCUACUGCUGUGCGUCCGGCUCCAUGGUCCUCCUGAACAAGCACGCGCUGGCUUCUUUUGGGUUUACGGCGCCCACAGCCCUAUUGUGCUUUCAGUGCCUCCUCGCAGCGACGCUGGUUAAGUCUUGCGAAUUAUUUGGCUUGGUCAAGCUGCAACCUCUUAGGAAAGAUCUUGUGAUGGUUUGGUUCCCGGUGAACCUUAUCUUUGUGGGCAUGAUCGGCACCAGCUUCUAUGCGCUAAAGGAGGUCGGAGUUGGCAUGGUGACCGUCUGGAAAAACCUAAGCAAUGUUGUGACAGCAAUGGGGGACGUCUUUAUCUACAAACGGACAUUCUCAUGGCAGGUCUGGGGUUGCCUAGGACUUAUGCUGGUGUCGGCCGUUGCUGGCGCCUCAACGGAUGCCCGGUUCACGUGGAGUGGGUACUCCUGGCAAAUGGCUAACUGCGUCUUCACGUCAGCAUACGCACUCUACCUUCGCAGCGUAAUGGACAAAGUGGCGGAGCAUACAACUAACAAGCAGAAGAUGGACGAGUUCAGCAUGGUGUACUACAAUAACUUGCUGUCUGUGCCGCCGAUCCUUUUGAUGAUGUGGUACUUUGGAGAGUUCAAGGGGCUCCUGGAGCAGGAGGCCCUUCGUAACUCAGCAUUCCUUUUGGUUUCUGCUCUCGGCGGCAUCAUUGGCUUCGCAAUCUCCUUCAGUAGCCUGUGGUAUCUCUCGCAGACAACAGCGACGAUCUACAGUCUUGUGGGCGCGCUGAACAAGAUUCCGGUUGCAAUUGUCGGUCUCUUGGCCUUUGCCGAACCAACCAACCCAAAGAAUCUUACCAGCAUUGUUAUCGGACUUGGAGCUGGUGUCCUUUUCACCCAGGUCAAGAGCAAAUAGCGGCUUGAUGAGGGAUUUUAACCAACGGGGUUGGGGGGAGAAAAUACGUUACGCUCUUGCAGGAGUUGGGCUGUUGGCUGAGAAAGCACGGUUAUGCAUCUGAUAUCCGAUGAUGAUCUAGUCAUGCUGCCUAGACCGGACUGCUGUGCAGGGCAUAACGGAAUUGCGGGCGUGUCAGGGACCCCGUAUACGGGCCUCUAGCGGGCAGGGGACUUUUUUGCUGCAGUGUUGGGGGGUAGAGCUCGCAUGAGCAUGUGCGUGCGUUGAUUUAUGUGGGUUGGGUAUUUGUAAACACCGUAGGACGUUCACUAACAAUAGGAUGCAGCAGGCAAUCUCAGCUGUCCAUUUGGGUCCAUUUCCCCACCUGGAGGUGACCGUGACAGGCGGCUCGUGGGUUGCCACGAUGCAUGAACUUGGAACUUUUCGGGACGGAGAUGUGCGCGUUUGACGGGUCAUUGCUUUUUAAUGGCAUAUUCUUGUUUCGGGCUUCCUAUGAUUGAAGACUGCAACCAGUCUCAUAGCAGUCGUAAUUCGUAAUGAGCGCAUUGAGUGGACAACAUGAUUGUUUUACGCGGAGGGCACUGGCCCGUGGGUAAUAGCCAGCGACAAGCUGAAGGGUGUGCGCUGCGCUGAUCCAUACUGGCCCUGCUGGAAGUGUCCUUCUAGCGACAGCAGUGUUUGAAAAGCGGGUUCAGCUGUUUGCUAAUGUUUUGAGAGGCCAUACCUCAUGUAAAGACCACUAUAUCUA